UGGACUUCAGAAUCACCUCAUCUGAAGAGAGCAGUGCUCCUGCAACAUUAUGCCCAUGAUACCAUAACUGUUGCAGAAUUGGACCUAUAACCCAGGGGGCAACAGGAAAAUCAUCCAAGAUAAAAAAAAUCAUGAAACAGAUGGAUACUGACUCCACGAAUGAAGACAAAUUAGUCAUGGAAGUAAACACUGAACCAUCAGAGGAGAAAACUACCAACAAACUACCAAUAAGGAAAAAAACAACUGACUGUCAAGGAAUCAAGGUUUUCCUUGCUGCCCUGACAUUUACGUAUUUUAGUAAAGUAUUUGCUGGGACCAUGAUGAAAAGUUCCUUCACACAAUUGGAAAGAAGAUUUAGCAUUUCUUCUUCUACAGCUGGCUUCAUCGAUGGAGGCUUUGAAAUGGGAAAUUUGUUGGUGAUUGCGUUUGUGAGUUACUUCGGGGCAAAAUGUCAUCGGCCAAAGAUGAUCGCUUUUGGUUGUUUUAUCAUGUCUUUUGGGAGCUUUUUAAUGGCAAUGCCUCAUUUCUUCAUGGGAUAUUAUCAAUAUGACACAUUACCACUCACAUCAAACAACUCCAUCUCCAGUAUCUCUCCCUGCUUAUUCAAUCAAACAGUCCCCAUGAUCAAAGGGAUGCCAAGCCCAGACUGUGACCAUAAAGUUGCUACCUAUUAUGCAUGGAUUUUCGUCUUGUUGGGGAAUAUGCUACGUGGAAUUGGCGAAACACCAAUUACUCCUCUGGGCAUAUCAUACCUUGAUGAUUUCGCUAGAGAAGAAGAUGUUCCUCUUUAUAUCAGCUUUUUGCACACUAUAGCCAUGAUUGGCCCAGUAGCUGGUUUUCUCCUGGGAUCUGUGUUAGCCAGACUGUAUGUGGACAUUGGUUUUGUGGAUAUGGAUACAAUAACUAUCACUCCAACUGAUUCUCGUUGGGUUGGUGCAUGGUGGCUGGGCUUUUUACUUGCCGGGGUCAUCACUUUGAUUUCUGGAAUCCCUUUCUUGUUCCUGCCUAAAAAUCUGGACAAAAAGGAAAAUUUAUGUAUCCAGAAGAACCUGGAUUCCACAGAAAACAACACUGAAACCAGCCAUGGACAGAAGCCUGAUGUUGAAGAACGAGUGGCGUACUCUGGACAAUUAAAAGAGUUCUUCAGGUCCCUGAAGAGAAUCUUUGGGAGCAAAAUGUAUGUUAUACUAUUGUGCUCAUCACUGUUGAACAUAAGCAGUUUUGUUGGUUAUAUAACCUACCAGGCAAAAUAUAUGGAACAGCAAUACGGUCUGCCAAUGUCGAGAUCUAAUUUUAUAAUAGGUGUUGCUGUUUUGCCAGUUGUCAGCAUUGGGAUUUUUACAGGUGGGUUCAUCAUGAAAAAGUACAAGCUAGGCAUCAUUCCUGCUACAAAGAUGGGAUUUAUACUAUCAUUCAUCGGAUUCGCCUUGACGUUUUUCUAUCUAAUGGUGGGUUGUGACAACCACCCGGUGGCUGGAUUGACAGUGUCCUAUGACGGGGAAGCAGCUGCUCAGAAUCAACUUUCUUUAUCUUCAGCCUGCAAUUCCAACUGUACCUGUGCUACAAGCCAGUGGGAUCCUGUUUGUGGAGAUAAUGGACUCACCUAUGUGUCAGCCUGUUUUGCAGGGUGCAAAAACAUAACAGGAUCAAAGAAAAAAACAGUUUUUCACAAUUGUAGCUGCAUUGAGAAAGCAGAUGCUGCGGUGAGGAAUUCUUCAGCGGUCUUGGGUGAAUGCCGAAGAAGUGAUGAGUGCUCACGAAACUUUAUUUAUUACAUAAUUAUCAAAGCUGUGACCAACUUUAUGUACGCAUUGAGUAGUAUUCCAAUGUACAUGCUCUUGAUUAGAUGUGUACCUCAAGACCUGAAGUCACUUGCAGUUGGUCUCCUUAUGCUUGUGUCAAGAUCUUUGGGUGGAAUUCCAGCCCCAGUUUACUUUGGUGCUCUGAUUGACAAGACUUGCUUGAAGUGGGCAAGUACCCCUUGUGGUCAAAAAGGAGCCUGUAGGCUAUAUGAUGCGGUCCAGUACAGGCAUUCCUUCUACGGUCUAAUACUUGGCUUGAGAGUGCCAGCUUAUCUGCUGGGUUUCAUCUUUUUCUUGCUUGUCAAGAAACAUUUUGGAGAACAAGAGGCCAAGGCGGCUGAAGAUGGGUGCAAAGAAGAUGCACCUCUGAACGAAGAGAUAAAACUAAAAGACACAGAGCUUUCAGCACACCAGUCAGAUGCAGAAAUGCAUACCUGCCUCUAGCAAAAACCGGAUGCAGACCAAGGGUAGAAGAUGAUGGGCUGCAGGCAGAACCAACCUUGACCAUAGCUGCUUAAAACUGGCAGCAUUGCUUCCGGUCAUUUUCAAGAGGGAAAGUUACCUCAUUAAGGCAUAGCAGCACCCAGUCAACCCUUCAUUUCUCCUCCCCUUUGGCAAAAGAGAACUUUGAAAGGCAAAGGAGCCCCCAUCUUGUGCGGUCUUAUAAAGAAUGACACUGAUCAUUGGUUGCACUGAAAUAAAAAUAAAACAUUGAAUUCUG